GAGAGGGGGAUGACUCGUGAGUUUUGAUUGAGAAGGGUUGACUUCUGUCUGUGGUGUCUGACAGAACUGAACACACGUCAAAACACGGUCAUGUUGCAGCGGUGCGCUUUUAAGAGAAUCCUCCAGCAGAUUUCUUUAGGGAAUCAAGAAACCACCAAAGGUUUGUUGUUUGGGUUUCCCACCGCGCUGCUGAAAGGACACAGAGCUUCUGCGCACAGGAGCAAAUCAAGUGUUCCAGAUGUUAGGGAGCAGACUCUUGUAGCUGUAAAGCCAGAUGGAGUUCAACGUCGUCUUGUUGGACAAAUCAUUCGGCGUUUUGAGCAGCGGGGCUUCAAGCUGGUUGGCCUGAAAAUGUUGCAGGUGUCUGAGGAUCUCCUGUCUCAGCACUACUGUGCACUGAGGAAGAAGCCCUUCUAUCCCAGUCUGCUGCAUUACAUGACCUCAGGUCCUGUGGUUGUCAUGGUGUGGGAAGGGCACAAUGUAGUCCAGACAUCACGUGUGAUGGUGGGGCAUACCAACCCAGCUGAGGCCCAGGCAGGCACAGUCAGAGGAGAUUUCAGCUUUCAUGUCAGCAGGAACGUGGUCCAUGCCAGCGAUUCAUUGGAGGGCGCUCAGAGGGAAAUCCAGCUGUGGUUUCAGGGAAAAGAGCUCCUAAACUGGGAUUGCUGUGACCAGAGCAUCACCUGUGAGGUGUAAAGACGCCGAGAGUCGAACGCAGUGAGAAUCAGUAAUACUACCUCUUCUCCUGCUGCUGCUCAAAAGCUCUGUCUCCUCUGACAAUGUGACCACAGCGAAUGAAAAAGAUUUAGAGUUCCUGCCAAAUAAUUUACCUCAGCAAGUGCACUUACAAUGAAAUUUUUUGUUGAAACAAAUGUCACUGAGAUUUUAUAAUUCACGCUACAUUAGCAAGUAUAUGUUGUUACAUCUUUCAUUGAACAGGUUUUUGGUCUCAGGAUGAAACGUGUAUAAUAAUCAUUUGUCCUUCUGUCCCCUGCAGUGGAUGCAAUAUGUGUAAAACAUUGACCUGCAGUGUGGAAAUAUGCAUGGCAGAUGUUGAAAAUGUCAGUGCCUGAUUUCCAACUAAAAUAUUUGAAUUGCUUGUGGAUCAAAGCAGAUGUGACAUCAGAAUGUAUUUUACAAUCAUCUAAUAUGUCAAGGUCCUUCUGACAAAUGGCUAAAAUCUGGUGUGCUUGUUUAUAUAUUAGGCAUUCUGGCUUCUAUCCCAAAAUCUUGCACAGUAGUCUAAAUAGCUAGAGAGAGUCUAAACAGAUUUUAUGUUAAAAUUGACUUAAUGUUAGAUCGAAGUGCUACCAAUCAACAUAGACACAGUGUAAUCUAAUUUUAUUUAACAAAUCUUUAUUGCCUAUUCUGUAAAAAUGUAAGAACUGACUUUCACCAUCUGUAACUGCUCUGCUGUAUGAUGAUCAUGAACAGCUUCUAUUGUACAUACAAACUGUUACACACAACCUGCACUCAGCUCACCAACCAUGAUCCAGCAGACUGAUGAAGUGUUUCUCAUCAACAAUAUUGCCACAGAGAAAAAAAAUACACAUUUUUCAAGAGAUUGCAAUCCUAUUUUUAUGUAGUAGUGUUGUUUUUAUGAAUAUUGAAAAGCAAUUUAAUAAAGAAACUAAGUUAAUCAUUCACUUGAA